CGCUCCUCUUCUCUUCCUCUCUGCAUCUCUAUACCUUCCAUCCUUUCUCGUAUUUGCCAAGUCUCGCUGCCAAAAAUUAACGUUAGCGCCAUGACUUUUGCUUCUCUUACACACUUGGGUGCUGUUGCUCGCAUGAGUAGCAGAUCAUCCACCUUCCAGUCUAGACGCUUCUUGGCUCAGACUGUCAAUGCUGUUCCUAAAGUUCAGGAUCAAACCAAGUCAUCAAGCUACAAGGUCGUCGUCGUUGCCAUAUCUAUCUAUCAUAGGUGGCGGGUCUGCUGGGCUCUCCGUUGCCUCUACUUUGGCCGAAAACCUCGGCAAUAAAGCAGUUGCAGUUGUCGAGCCAUCUGAUGUCCACUAUUAUCAACCUUUGUGGACGUUUGUUGGCGCUGGACUCAAGACGUUUGAUGAGUCCAGGAUGGCAAUGAGUGAAGUCAUGCCAGAGAAGGCUCAAUGGAUUAAGGAUUCAGUUGCCUCAUUUGAGCCUAACAAGAAUAUUGUCAAGCUUUCAAACGGGGAAUCGAUUUCGUACGACUACCUUGUCGUUGCUGCUGGAAUUCAAAUGAAUUGGGGAAAGAUUAAGAACCUGUCUCAGGCUCUCGGAAAGGACGGUGUAACCUCCAACUACUCCGCCGAUUCUGUAGUGAAGACAGAUGAAUUCAUCAAGACCUUUAGAGGCGGCAAUGCGCUCUUUACAAUGCCCUCGACUCCAAUCAAGUGCGCAGGAGCACCCCAAAAGAUCAUGUAUUUGGCUGAAGAACAAUGGCGCAAAGCUGGUAUUCGCUCCAAGACUGAUAUCAAAUAUUUCACAGGGCUAGGGAAAAUCUUUGCGAUAGAUAAAUAUGCUAACGAGCUGCUCAAAAUCUGUAAAGCUCGCGAUUUGAAUGUCAACUAUUUCACGGAUCUCACCGAAAUCAACCCCGAGUCCAAGGAGGCAGUGUUUAAUGUGCUAGGUGGCGAAGCUAAGGGUACCAAGUUGACCUUGCCUUACGAUUUUUUGCAUGUUACGCCUCCUAUGGGCGCACCCGAUUUCAUCAAAAGUUCUUUAUUGGCAAACGCAGAUGGAUGGGUGGAUGUUGAUAAGGAGACUCUUCGCCACAACAAGUUCGCAAACAUCUAUGCAUUGGGCGAUUGCUCAAGCCUUCCUACUUCAAAAACCGCUGCCGCCAUUACUGCGCAGAGCGCUGUGUUGAAGAAUAACUUGCUAGGCGAUAUUUUCGGAGACAAACAGAUUGCAAAAUACGAUGGAUACACUAGCUGUCCGCUCAUCACCGGAUCUGACAAGCUGAUUUUAGCAGAAUUUAGCGGCUACACUGGUCAGCCUCAGGAAACAUUCCCUUUUGAUCAAUCGAAGGAACGCUUCUCCACUUAUUUGUUGACUAAAGAGGUUCUCCCAGAGAUUUACUGGAAGUCAAUGGUCAAAGGAACUUGGGACGGUCCGGCCAAGUUCCGCAAGCUAUUCCGCUCUGCUUAAAAAAAAACCUAUCUUCCAGCUAUAUUUUACAUCCAUUGUAUUAAAAGAUGCAAAAAACAUGGCUGUUACGAAGGUGAAGUGCAAAAAAAUAGUGGCUUGAUCAUUCAGAGUCUCCAACCUGCCUAUUAAAUAUAUAAACGGCUCUAAUAGAGAAAUAAAUGGAUUCAAGAAUGGGGCUCUUUGUUAUGUUUUGG